GCCUGUGGCUCACACGAAGAUACAUCCAGAUCAGGAACUGGGUGAAAGUGUUCAGCAGCAGCUUCUAACAAAAAUUGCAGUAUACCUGAUGACGUUUUUAAUAGUAACUGUGGCCUGGACAGCACAUGUCAGACUUUUUCAGGUGAUUGAACUCAUAGAUGAUGUCGUGGCUCUUCUAAAUUUGGCAUGUAUGAUGCUUAUAACUUUCUUGCCAUACACAUUUUCCUUAAUGGCCUCCUUUCCUGGUGUACCUUUUGGUAUUUUCAUGUUUAGCACUUGUGCUGUUAUCAUUGGUCUUAUCCAGGCAGUUAUAGUAGCAUAUGGAUUUUAUCAUCCAUACUUAUUGAACCACCAGAUACAGGUGUCUGAAAACCAAACCUUCUACAAACAUCAUAUCUUAAAGAUUAUUCUAAGAGGACCAGCCUUGUGCUUCUUAGCUGCCAUCUUCUCCUUCUUCUUUAUUCCUCUGUCUUAUGUGCUGCUUGGACUGGUUAUCUUUUUUCCACACCUCACUCGAUUAAUUAUAUGGUGUAAAAGUAAGGCUGUUGGUGUGAAAGAGGAUGAGGAGGAGCCUCAUAGCUUAGAGUCCUUCUCUUUCUACCUUAGUGAACCUUUGAGUAAAGAACGAGUAGAGGCAUUCAGUGAUGGUGUUUAUGCUAUUGUAGCAACCCUGCUCAUUUUGGACAUAUGUGAGGAUAAUGUUCCUGAUGCCAGAGAAGUUCAAGACAAAUUCCAUAAUAGUCUUAUUGAAGCUUUAAGCAAAUAUGGACCAAGUUUUCUUGCCUACUUUGGCUCGUUUGUAACAAUUGGGCUUCUUUGGUUUGUGCACCACUCACUUUUCCUUCACAUAACAAAAGCAACUAGACUAAUGGGACUGCUUAACACACUAUCAUUGGCUUUCAUUGGUGGGCUUCCUCUUGCUUAUCAGUUAACCAGUGAAUUUGCAGAAAAGUCUCGCAAUGAAAUAGAAACUAUUCAGGUCAGCUGCGUUAUCACUUUCUUUGCCAGCAUCUUUCAGUUUGCAAUUUGGAUCACAGCUCUCUUCUAUGAAAGGGAAACGUUGCAUCCUUUUGCUAGAUAUGGUGGCAAAGAACAUGCCUUCAUGUUUGCCAAGCUUGCCCUCUACCCUUGUGUCAGCCUUGGUGCCUUCUUUCUAACGUGCUUGUUAAGUAAAUUCAGCACAGAAAUUUUUCACCUCAUGCAGAUCAUAGUGCCCUUUGCUUUCCUUGCCCUGCGUAUCUUUGUCAGAAUCUCUUUGGUUGUCAUAAGGUCUAUAAUAAAUCUUUCCCAACGGAAGGAUGUGUCCUUGGAAGAAGAGGAAGCUUGUUUGUCUCCUGCAGAAACGCUAUCGUAGAUUUCCGUGCUGUGCAUGUGAAACUGUAGCGUAUUUUAAUUCUAACUUGCAUUAUUUUGGUGUACUGGAAGGCCUUGGUGUAUAAUAGAUACUGGUUAUAACUGGGGCCUCUUUAAUUUUCACUCAACUUCUUCAGAAGUGAAAGAUACUAAAACUUGGUUGAGUGCAGGAGCUAAAAAACAGCCUGCUUUCUAUUCUUCAUGGACUAGUGGUGUAGCAAAAUUGCUGCCUGAAGCAUCACUGCAGUGACAAUUGCUUUAGAAACACAUUUAAAAGGUAAGCGGCAUUAUCGCCUUGUUCUAACAAAGCUUACAGAAAUCAGUGGCCCCAACAGCAGACUGGUUGAAAGCAAUUUGCUGCAGUUAGGUAGGGAGGUAGAGGGCAUCCUGGGGGAGGACCCAAAAAACCUUUUUUCUUUUUCUUUUUUUUCUUUUUAUCCUAUUUAGGUAAAUACCCAUCCCUUCCUCCCCACUUCCCCCCAUCUCCCGUUGCCUCCCCCAGUUUCCAAAGUUUAAACCUUCAACCUUCCAUAAGGUGUGUACAGAAGUGCUCUGUGCACAUUUUACAGCACUAUAAUUUAGAGUAAUUUUUAUAGCACUAUGAAGUUACAGUGCUCUUAAACAGAAGUUCAGUGUUUGGUAGUGGGGAGGAGAGGGCUCGAGCAUCCCUGUACUUUCCAGGCUACAAGGCAGGUGGUGCUCCACAGCUUCCUGGGGCUUCUCCACUGGACAAAAAUGUGACUAGUAUACAGAAGUUAUUUAAAGCACUGUAGGUUGCUAAAGUGCUGUAAAACGCCGUACUUCAAAUUUAAUACCUCAUUUAACAAGGAUUGGUUUAAAGUGCUAUGCCCAUUUUUAAAAUGCUGUAAAGCCAUGCACUUUUGUUAAGUCAGCAAUAAAGUGCUUUAAAAGGUGAAAAAGCAAUUUCUGUACACACCUACAAAGCCCAUCUGUUCUUUGGCUGCACUUCAAAACCUUCUUUCUUUGGGCUUGCUCUGCUGAACAUGUGCUUAAAUUAUACAGAGGCCACACAUUCCCCUCCGAUCUCCCCAGACUGCCUUAACAAAAAUGAAAGUCCAUUGUCAGUUCCAUUGUUGUUGGGUUUUUUUAAUAUAUUAAAUGCAAUUGUUUCAAGGGGGUUGAAACGAAGAAAUUUUUCAGGGAAGAAACAAAGAAUAUUCAGGAAAGAAAUUUUAAGAUCUGUGGCACCAUCAGUAGCUUUGACUCUUGUUUCUGAAAGAAAUCUGCCAGACAGAGUAAUGCAAGAGGGGUCCAUGAAGUUUUGAUUCCUCUUUUCUGUCUCUGCAAAACCUGUGGGGACCAAAACAAAGAGGGAACUUCUCCAUCAGGCCCCAUAGGGAGGUCCAGUAUAUGUGUC